UUCCCAGCUGACACACUGCCGGAGGCAAGAGCUACUACGAAGCCAACUAGAACUGUGCCUUUUCUCUUGUCAAGGUUUUUUUCUUACACAGGAAAAAGGAAGAAAAAAAAAGAUGAAGCUGGGAAGAGUGGAGCUGUGUAAUUUUCUACAGCUUAUAGCUCUCUUCCUGUGCUUCUCUGGGACGAGUCAAGCGGAGCUGCCAAGGUCCCGAUCCAAGCCGUAUUUCCAGUCGGGGAGGUCCCGGACCAAACGCAGCUGGGUUUGGAAUCAGUUCUUCGUACUGGAAGAAUACAUGGGUUCAGAUCCUCUCUACGUAGGCAAGCUUCACUCUGAUGUUGAUAAAGGAGAUGGUUCCAUCAAAUACAUCUUGUCAGGCGAAGGGGCAAGUUCCAUUUUCAUUAUUGAUGAAAACACUGGGGAUAUUCAUGCCACCAAGAGACUGGACCGGGAGGAGCAGGCCUAUUAUACACUCAGAGCCCAAGCUCUGGACAGACUCACCAACAAGCCUGUGGAGCCUGAAUCAGAAUUUGUUAUCAAAAUUCAGGAUAUCAAUGACAACGAACCCAAAUUUCUGGAUGGCCCAUACACAGCAGGAGUUCCUGAAAUGUCUCCUGUGGGAACUUCAGUGGUACAAGUGACAGCGACAGAUGCCGAUGAUCCGACCUAUGGCAACAGUGCCCGGGUGGUCUACAGCAUUCUGCAGGGGCAGCCGUACUUUUCCGUGGAACCGAAGACAGGGAUCAUCAAGACUGCCCUUCCAAACAUGGAUAGAGAGGCUAAAGACCAGUAUUUGCUUGUCAUUCAGGCAAAGGAUAUGGUUGGUCAAAAUGGUGGCCUGUCUGGAACCACUUCAGUUACUGUGACCUUAACUGAUGUCAAUGAUAACCCACCUCGCUUUCCAAGAAGAUCUUACCAGUAUAAUGUUCCAGAAUCUUUGCCUGUGACGUCAGUUGUGGCCAGAAUAAAAGCUGCCGAUGCAGAUAUAGGAGUUAAUGCAGAAAUGGAGUACAAAAUAGUUGAUGGUGAUGGACUGGGGAUUUUCAUGAUAGAUGCUGACGAGGACACACAGGAAGGAAUCAUUACAAUACAAAAGGAACUCGAUUUUGAAGCCAAAACAAGCUAUACUCUGCGCAUAGAAGCUGCCAAUCGAGAUGCUGACCCCCGCUUUCUAAGCUUGGGUCCAUUCAGUGACACAACCACCGUGAAGAUAAUUGUGGAAGAUGUGGAUGAACCCCCUGUGUUCUCCUCACCCUUGUACCCCAUGGAGGUGUCUGAAGCUACCCAGGUGGGGCAUAUCAUUGGCACUGUAGCAGCUCAUGACCCAGAUUCUUCCAACAGCCCUGUGAGAUAUUCAAUUGACAGAAACACAGACUUGGAGAGAUAUUUCAAUAUUGAUGCCAACAGUGGAGUUAUUACUACGGCCAAAUCAUUGGAUCGAGAGACAAAUGCCAUUCAUAACAUUACAGUCCUUGCCAUGGAGAGCCAGAAUCCAUCCCAGGUGGGAAGAGGCUAUGUGGCUAUCACUAUACUGGAUAUUAAUGACAAUGCGCCUGAGUUUGCCAUGGACUAUGAAACCACUGUUUGUGAAAAUGCUCAGCCAGGGCAGGUUAUCCAAAAAAUAAGUGCUGUAGAUAAAGAUGAGCCAUCAAAUGGACACCAGUUUUAUUUCAGCUUAACAACAGAUACAACAAAUAAUCACAACUUUUCAUUGAAAGAUAACAAAGACAACACAGCCUCAAUAUUCACCAGGAGAAAUGGCUUCCGCAGACAGGAGCAGUCGGUUUACUACCUGCCAAUUUUCAUUGUGGACAGCGGAUCUCCUUCUCUGAGCAGUACCAACACGCUGACCAUCCGAGUCUGUGACUGUGAUGCUGAUGGCGUAGCGCAGACCUGCAAUGCGGAGGCUUACAUUCUACCUGCUGGCCUCAGCACAGGAGCCCUGAUAGCAAUACUGGCCUGCGUCCUGACACUAUUGGUGCUGAUCCUCCUCAUUGUCACUAUGAGAAGACGGAAAAAAGAGCCUCUCAUCUUUGACGAGGAGAGGGAUAUUAGAGAGAACAUCGUCAGGUACGACGACGAAGGUGGCGGAGAAGAAGACACGGAAGCCUUUGAUAUGGCCGCGCUGAGAAACCUCAAUGUCAUAAGAGACAACAAAACCCGGAGAGAUGUGACUCCUGAAAUUCAGUUUUUGAGUCGACCGACUUUUAAAACCAUUCCAGAUAAUGUCAUUUUUAGGGAAUUUAUUUGGGAAAGACUGAAGGAGGCUGAUGUGGAUCCAGGCGCCCCACCUUAUGACUCCCUGCAGACUUAUGCAUUUGAAGGAAAUGGCUCAGUAGCCGAAUCUCUGAGUUCUUUAGAUUCCAUCAGCUCAAACUCUGACCAGAAUUAUGACUAUCUAAGUGACUGGGGUCCCCGUUUUAAACGACUGGCUGACAUGUACGGAAAUGGCCACGAGAGUUCGUACUCAUAGCCUUGGACCCUUAAUUUGAAAUGUACUGGAGAACAAGGCAGCAAGAUUUUUUUUUUUUUCAAAAGGGAAAGAAAAGGGGGAAAUACUACAUAUGGCAAAGAACUCCACUUGUGGGACAAAAGAGGUUGUAAAUAUGUCUCCAUUUUUAACUGUUAAGGCUUCUGCCUUGGUGAAACAUUCACUAGAUUAUCCAAGGGAUUUCACUGACCACAGACUCUGAGCAUUUGAAGUUGUGAUUUUUUGUUUGUUUUGGUUUGUUUGUUUUUGAUAAAGAGAAAUGCUUAGUGGUUUGUGAAUAGAUAGCAACUUUCAUAUACCUGCAAAGGCACCUAGCCUGCCUGAUAAAGUAAUGUCCAGUGUUGUCAGUGAGCUAAGGACGUCCUGUACUAACUUGCGUAGUACCCUCAGCGAGAAGAUUAGAGUAAGGUGUGCCAUUGAAAAAUCCGAGAACUUCUUGCCUAGUAAAAGUGGGGGCAAAAUUAUUUCUCCUGAAGCUUUUAGGCUUGCUAUAUGAUAGAGUUCAAAACAAUUUUAUUGCUGUUGGUGCACAGAAAUAUUUUAUUUAGCAAUAUAUAAAUUCUCAUAAUAAUUUCUCUAAGUGAAACACUUUAAUAAAGACCAAUAAAAUUUAACAUGAGGAAACAUAAAUCAUCGUUGUGCCGAUAAAUUAUAUGAA